AUGGCAAAAGGGAGAAAGAAGGUUGAGACCACUACUGCUGCACCAACUCUGCACUGGCAGAACAGUCUAUGGACCAUCGGGACUCACCCUCCCACCUUCAGGCUGAUUAUGCACCCGCAGGUCCAGUGCAGUAGUUCCGGAGCCGGGGAGUUCAACAAGGCCUUCAUCAACAACUUCAUUGGUGGAAGAGAUAGGCAAAAGCCAACAAUUCACCUCCUUACCAUCACUCAGAAGGAGGACGAGAUGUUGAAGAACUAUAUUAAACGCUUCAACUUGGAAGCAAUGCAAGUGGAGGGUUAUUCAGAUAAGAUCGUAUUAGCAGCUAUGAUGUCCGGCCUGAAGGAGGGGAGAUUCCUCUUAUCGCUCGGCAAGAAUCCCCUGACGACAUUGGCCAAGCUCCUCAACCGAACUCAGAAGUACUCCAAUGCCGAGGAGCUUUUUAGCUCACGGAAAGCCACCUGGAGUGCAGGGGGCUCGGCUAGGGAGAAACGGCCUAAGGAGGGGCAAGCAUCGACUCGCAGUAACAAGCGUAGAAGGGACGACGAUCUGACCAGAGGUGAAUGUCCAAGAAGACGACCUGAGAGCAGGUUCCACUCUUACACUCCCCUCAACACUACACCCAAGCAAGUCCUCAUGGAAGUUCGGGACAAAAGACUUUUGAUGUGGCCAAACCAGAUGAGGACUAACGCAGACAAGCGGGAUAAGUGGAAGUACUGCCACUUCCACCGCGACCACAGCCACUCUACCAUUUAUUGCUUCGAACUCAAGGAGGAGAUCGAAGCCCUCAUUUGCAACGGAUACUUCCAAGAAUAUGUCAGGAGAGAAAAACGAUUAAAUUGGAGGAACGAGCAGCUUGGAGGUGAAAACAACGAGGCUACUGGUGAGAUCCACACCAUCUUUGGUGGGCCUGCGAGAGGAGGAGACUUGAACCGAGCACACAAAGCUCAUGCUUGGAGAGUCAGUCACAGCAUCUCAGAACACCACGUCCACCUCACAUACAGACCACUAAAAGAGCAGAGAAUGCUCCCUUCCAAAUUGACCUUCACCAAGGAGGAUGCCUACGGAAUCUCCCAUCCUCAUGAUGACGCUCUGGUCGUGGCCAUGACCAUAACUAACCAAAAAGUAUAUCACAUUCUUGUGGACAAUGGCAGCUCAGUCGACAUCCUCUUUGCUAACUCCUUCAACAAAAUGGGAAUCAAAAGGUCUCGACUUUGGCUUGUCAAUACCCCAUUGUUCGGAUUCGCAGGAGACAGGGUCACCUUUGAGGGAUCCACACAGCUUUCGGUCACUGCAGGAGAUGGACAAAACCAGACAAUGAUUGACUUUCUUGUGGUCGACUAUGCUUCUGUUUACAAUGUCAUCCUCGGGCAGGUCAAAGGAGACCAGCAGGAAGCUCUCUAA